GAUAAUCCUGGGACUGUCACGUCUACGACUAACUAGGAAUAAUCUGUGAUUUCCGUUUCCUACCGCCAUUGCUGUCAGAGUUUCUUUUACUUGUCAGGCUUGGUUGAUAAGAUUUUACAAUAUGCAGUUGCAUAUCAGAGGGCAAUCGACACACGUCCUGGACGUCAAUGGCCAGGAGUCCAUUGGUCAGAUCAAGGAACGCAUUCGUACUCUUGCUGCAGUUGGCGAUGAAGACCUUACUCUAUCAUUAUGUGGAGCCCCUUUAGAUGAUUCAUGUCUUGUCUCUGAGCUCUCAUCAUCUGAACUAGACCUCACAGUGCCAUUGCUUGGUGGUAAAGUGCACGGAUCUUUGGCUCGUGCAGGUAAAGUCAAAGGACAAACCCCCAAAGUGGAAAAACAACAAAAAAAGAAGAAGAAGACUGGCCGUGCUAAGCGUAGAAUUCAGUACAACAGAAGAUUUGUCAACGUUGUGCAGACCUUCGGACGUCGUCGCGGACCCAACUCCAAUUCAUAGAUUUAUAAGUAAAUAAAAUGCAAAAGUAACAUCAAUUUUGCAAAAAAAA